AUGUCCGAGCCGGUUGGAACCGGUUCAGACUGGUUGGAACUGGUUCAGCCUGGUUGGAACCGGUUUAGACUGGUUGGAACCGGUUCAGAUUGGUUGGAACCGGUUCAGGCCGGUCGGAACCAGUUUAGACAGGUUAGAGCCAGUUCAUACCGGCUGGAACUGGUCCGAGCAGGUUGGAACCGGUUCAGACCAGUUGGAACUGGUCCGAGCCAGUUGGAACCAGUUCAGACCGGUUGGAACUGGUUCAAGCCGGUUGGAACCGGUUCAGACCGGUUGGAUCUGGUUCAGGCCGGUUGGAACCGGUUCAGACCAGUUGGAACUGGUUCAGGCCAGUUGGAACCGGUUCAGACCGGUUGGAACUGGUCUGAGCUAGUUGGAACCAGUUCAGACCGGUUGGAACUGGUUCAAGCCAGUUGGAACCGGAUUAAACCGGUUGGAGCCGGUUCAGACCAGUUGGAACUGGUCUGAGCCGGUUGGAACCGGUUCAGACUUGUUGACAUGUCCGAGCUGGUUGGAACCGGUUCAGACUGGUUGGAACUGGUUCAGACCGGUUGGAACCGGUUUAGAUCGGUUGGAACCGGUUCAGACUGGUUGGAACUGGUUCAGGCCGGUUGGAACCGGUUUAGACUGGUUGGAGCCAGUUCAUACCGGCUGGAACUGGUCCGAGCAGGUUGGAACCGGUUCAGACCAGUUGGAACUGGUUCAGGCCAGUUGGAACUGGUUCAAGCCGGUUGGAGGCGUUUCAGACUGGCUGGAACUGGUCCGAGCCGGUUGGAACCGGUUCAGACUGGUUGGAACCGGUCCCAGCCGGUUGGAACAGGUUUAGAUUGGUUGAAACCGGUUAAGACUUGAAAACGUUUUAGACUUGUUGUAGCCGUUUCAGACUGGCUGGAACCAGUUUAAACCGGUUGGAGCUGGUUCAGACCAGUUGGAACCGGUUUAGACUGGUUGGAGCCAGUUCAUACCGGCUGGAACUGGUCCGAGCAGGUUGGAACCGGUUCAGACCAGUUGGAACUGGUUCAGGCCAGUUGGAACCGGUUCAGACCGGUUGGAACUGAUCCGAGCCAGUUGGAACCAGUUCAGACCGGUUGGAACUGGUUCAAGCCGGUGGGAACCAGUUUAAACCGGUUGGAGCCGGUUCAGACCUGUUGGAACUGGUCCGAGCCGGUUGGAACCGGUUCAGACCUGUUGACAUGUCCGAGCUUGUUGGAACCGGUUCAGACCGGUUGGAACUGGUCCGAGACAGUUGGAACCAGUUCAGACCGGUUGGAACUGGUUCACGCCGGUUGGAACCGGUUCAGACCGGUUGGAAUCAGUCCAAGCUAGUUGGAACUGGUUUAGACCGGUUGGAGCCGGUUCAGACUGGCUGGAUCUGGUCCAAGCCGGUUGGCACCGGUUCAGACCGGUUGGAUCUGGUUCAGGCCGGUUGGAACCGGUGCAGACCAGUUGGAACCGGUCCCAGCCAGUUGGAACCGGUUUAG